CAUCGAAAUCAAAAAUCCAGUAUCUCAAAAUAUUAUAAUAAAGAAUUUAUAAUACAGAAAAUUAUGUUAAUUUAUGCACUCAAUACUUGGUCAGGGCUCCUUUUGCAAGAAUUACUGCAUCAAUGCAUGAAAUGCAAUGGUAUAGAGGUAAAUAGCCUGUGGCACUGCUGAGGUGUUAUGGAAGCCCCAGUUGCUUUGAUAGCGGCCUUCAGCUCAUCUGUAUUUUUGGGUCUGGUGUGUCUCAUUUUCCUCUUGACAAUACCGGGUUAGCGAGUUGGCUGGCCAAUCAAGCACAGUAAUACCAUAGUCAGCAAACUAGUUACUAGUAGUUUUGAUACUGUGAGCAGGUGCCAAGUCCUGCUGGAAAAGGAAAUCAAUAAUCUCCAUAAAGCUUGUCAGUAGAUGGAAGCAUGAAGUUCUCUAAAAUCUAAUGGUAGACACUGCAUUGACUCUCGCUACAUUGACUCUGCAUUGACUCUCGAACACCAGCAGAUGUCAUGGCACCCCAAAUCAUCACUGACUGUGGAAACUUCACACUGCAACUUGGAUUCUGUGCCUCUCCACUCUUCCUCCAGACUCUGGGACCUUGAUUUCCAAAUGAAAUGCAACUUUUACUUUCAUCUUCCCCAUGAUUGUGGUUGUGUACUGAACCAGACUGAGAGAUUAAAGGCUCAGGAAACUGCAGGUAUUUUGAGUUAAUUAGCUGAUUAGAGUGCUUCUCAGGUCGACAUUUCUGUAUUAUAAAUUCUUUAUUGUAAUAUUUUGAGAUACUGGAUUUUUGAUUUCCGUGAGCUGUAAGUCGUAAUCUUCAAGAUUAAAACAAACAAACAAAAAAAAAAAGGCUUGAAAUAUUUCACUUAAUGUGUAAUGAAUCUAGAAUAUGUGAAAGUUCGACUUUUUAAAUUCAAUUACAGAAAAAAUUAACAAUAUUCAACAAUAUUCAAAUUUUUUUUUAGAUGCACCUGUAUGUGGACUAAGAAUAAAGGCGAAGUGUAUGUGGACUUUCCUCUUUUAUAAGACCACGUGUUUUUAGUAGGGUUCCAGAAACUGGGAUGGUCAUUGCAAAUCUUCAAUAAAAUAUAUGAAUGAGAAUUCUAAAUGUAUGUUAGUAAACAUUUAAUAGGAGUGUGCUAUAUUGCAGCUUGAAUCGAUCUAGUUGUACCUUUUACGUUAAUCACUGCAAAAUCGGUUUAAUUUAACAGUAUGUAAUCCACCACAGUCUAGAAUUUUACAUUUUGUAAAUGUUGUAACUUAAUGCCGCUACAGGGUACCAAUUCGAGGUUAUGAGUCUGUAAAGUGUGUGCAAGAUAUAAGUUAUUUUAUAUUUUAAAUUGUAAAAAAAAGCCAAUUUGCUGUGUUCUUCAGUAAAGAGAACAUGACCUUUAUUUGAAUUAAAAGUUAAUUUAGUAUGCAUUUGCUAUGUCAUAGACUACUUUAAGCAGUGUAGCUCAUAACUUUGGCCUUUUAAAAUCAUCCAAUAAAAUAAGAAAUGUGAUUAAAAUGCUGUCUCGUCCUAUCUCCUCAGAUAAAAAAAAAUAACCCUAUUAAUGGUCUAGGCACAACAGUAUUAAUUAAUUAGUUGUUAUAUUUGUGUAUUUAGAAUUGUCUUCAAAUGCUCUCAUGUGGCAUUCCAUAGAUGUUUUGAGAGCACUUACAAUGGCCACAAAAUUUUAAUGUGACAUUUUGGAGUUACGUCAAACUAGGGCUGUACAAUUAAUCGAAUAUCGAUCUCGAUUACGAUUUUGAUUGCCCACGAUUACAUGAACAUGAUUGCUUGCGUUAUUGACAUUUAAAGUUCGUCCUCCGCUCAUAGAAAACUCUGCUGCAGAUCAAAUCAAUCGCUAAUAAUCAGCCAAAGAGUGUGUUUGUGUAUGUUUUCUCUCUGUUCUCAUAUGUUUCUCUCAUUCUUAUUAGGGAUCUUUAUAUGAAAACAGUCUCUGCAGUAACUCUCUGCGCUCCAGUACCCGUACUAAGCCACACGCAAAGUCCUCUGUCCUGAAGAAUCUCUCAGAAAAGUUACUGGCUGUUACAAAGCACUGCCAUUCAAGACUCCUUCAAUAAAUGUUGUCUGAGUAUAGUGGCCAUUUGGGCUCAAGCUCCAGAACCUCAUCCAGGGCGAGUUCCAGAUGUGCAAGCCCAGUGGAAAAUAGCAGCAGCUCAGUGGCCAGUAUUUUGCGAAAGGCAGCUAGCAGCAGUGGCCUUUCCAGAGACUUGGAUCAUGUGACCAUUCCUGAUAUGCCAAACUUGGAUGACUCAUUGGACAGAGAUUUUUUUGAGAAGGGUUCCUCUCGAGCAUCUACUUUAUCCAAUGCUACUCUGACUUCACUGGGCGGGGCUUCCUCACGCAAAGGAAGUGGCAGUUCAUCUGUCACUGCAGAUACAGAGGCAUCCAUACAGGAUAUUAAGGAGAUUCAUGAACUUAAGGAUCAGAUCCAUGAUGUGGAGGCCAAGUACAUGCAAAGCCUCAAAGAAAUCAAGGAUUCUCUGGCAGACAUGGAGGGGAAAUAUCGCAAGGCUAUGGUGUCCAGUGCUCAGUUGGAUAAUGAGAAAUCCAAUCUGAUGUAUGAGGUGGACACUUUGAAAGACUCUCUGAUGGAGCUGGAGGAGCUUUUGGCUGAGACUCGGCGAGAGUGUGAGGAGAAGAGUAAGGAUCUGGAGCGAGAGAAGCACGCCCACAGUAUACUCCAGUUUCAGUUCAGCGAGCAAAAAGAAGCAUUGAAACAAAGUGAAGAGCUCCUUACUGAGAUACGUCAUUUACACAUCAAACAAGAGGGCUUUGUUAGGGAGAUUUCUGACCUGCAGGAAACUAUUGAAUGGAAGGAUAAAAAAAUUGGGGCCUUAGAAAGACAGAAGGAGUUUUCUGAUGCCAUUCGAAAUGAGCGGGAUGAACUCAGGGAUGAGGUGGUUCAACUCAAAGACAUUUUAAAGAAACAUGGCAUUGUCCUUGGACCAGACUUGCGCACCAAUGGGGAAGUGGAAGAAAAUGUGACUGGUGGAUCAGCCUGCACUGAAUUGCAACAAGGGAGCAGUGUAUUAGGCACUCAGGAGUUGCAGCUGUUUAGAGGUGAAAAUGUAGGGGGCUCCAGAGGUGGCCAGUUCCAACACCCAAAGGAUUUUGACCAUGGAAUUCAAGAGAAUCACCUGCCUACAUCUGCCUCUGGCAAUUCUUCUGAAUCUCUUUUAGUAGCACAAAAUGAUGUGGGUCUUGGAAAUUAUAUAAAUAACAGCACAGAGAAAAUCCAGAUUAAUGUUGAAAAACCUCAGAAUGUUUUUGCGGUUGAAGCAGAGGAACAAGUUGUAUUGGAAAUUUCAAAAGGUAAUGAUGUAGCACCAGAACCUGUUGCAAUUAUUAUGGAAGAUAUGAGGACAGAUCAGCAAGAGAGUUCACUGUAUGUUAAAAGAAGUGAGACUAUAAAAGAGGGAAAUACUGAUUCCACAGAAAAAUCCACCUGUGAGAUAUCAGAAAAAGAUGGAGAUCACCUAGAUGAAACUGUGGCUGGAGAUUCUCAGAUCAGAAUGGUUUCUGACAGUUUGCCAUCAGCAAAAAUAGAUACAACAUCACAUUCUCAAAGUGCCAGUGUUUCAGGAAAAAAGAAGAAGAAGAAAAAGAAAAGUAAACAGAAACAAAAGCAUAGUUGUGAUGAAAAAGAGGUUCAUUCAGAAAUAGGGGACAAGAAUGAAAACCAGCUCAUAGAGAGCAGUUCAGUUCAGACUGUAGAGUCAGUUUCAGAGUAUAACACUCUACAUUCAGAGGAAGCAACAAUAAAUGAGAAAGUUUCAGUUAAUGUGAAUAUUGAUGAAAGGACUGACCUGAUGCAAAAAGCAGCAGAAUCCCUAGAACUACAAAGCCCUAAUACUGGCCCUGGAAACAUUUUAGGACCAAUCAUUAAUUGGACUGAUUGCACAAGCAGCACUGACUCCAUCCCACCUUUGGACUCCAAAACAGAAAUUAAUAUUGAAAUCCCUACUUAUGGCUUUCCAUUGGAAAUUACUACUGGUGAGUUAAAUGCUUCUAAUGGCAAAUACAAAUUGCUUAGCAACACUGAUGACGCUGUUGCUGUCUGUGCUGAUUUUCCUGACUCUGAAAACUCUUCUGAGGUAAACCUUGAGAAAGAUAUAACUGAAACUACCAAAGAUGUAGUAAAAAUAGAAACAAUUGAUGAGAUUAUUCAACUUGAUGAAACCAGUGUAGAAACAUCCACAGACACACAGCUGGGUGAAACAUUAGGUCCAGCAGAAGUACUAAAAGAAGAGCAAGAAACGUCGAGAGAGACACAGCAGGGUGACACGUUAGAUACAGCUGAAGUACCAAAAGAAGAGCAAGAAACAGACACACAGCUGGGUAACAUAUUAGAUACAGCAGAAGUACCAAAAGAAGAGCAAGAAACAUCCACAGACACACAGCUGGGUGACACAUUAUAUCCAGCAGAAGUACCAAAAGAAGAGCAAGAAACAUUCAGAGACACACAGCUGGGUAACACAUUAGAUACAGAAGAAGUACCAAAAGAAGAGCAAGAAACAUCCACAGACACACAGCUGGGUGACAAAUUAGUUACAGCUGAAGUACCAAAAGAAGAUCAAGAAACAGACACACAGCUGGGUAACAUAUUAGAUACAGCAGAAGUACCAAAAGAAGAGCAAGAAACAUCCACAGACACACAGCUGGGUGACACAUUAUAUCCAGCAGAAGUACCAAAAGAAGAGCAAGAAACAUUCAGAGACACACAGCUGGGUAACACAUUAGAUACAGAAGAAGUACCAAAAGAAGAGCAAGAAACAUCCACAGACACACAGCUGGGUGACAAAUUAGUUACAGCUGAAGUACCAAAAGAAGAUCAAGAAACAGACACAGAGCUGGGUGACACAUUAGUUACAGCUGAAGUACCAAAAGAAGAGCAAGAAACAUCGAGAGACACACAGCUGGGUGAAGCAUUAGUUACAGCUGAAGUACCUGAACAGGAACAAGAAACAUCCACAGAGACACAGCUGUGUGAAGCAUUAGUUACAGCUGAAGUACCAAAAGAAGAGCAAGAAACAUCGAGAGACACACAGCUGGGAGACACAUUAGUUACAGCUGAAGUACCUGAACAGGAGCAAGAAUCACAGGAGCCAACACGCAUAGAUCAGGAAUUCAGUGUAGAAGAGGAUGUAGGUGAGGUGGAGUCUGGAGAAUCUUUUGAGUUUAAUAUGGAGGUUAACGGGUCAGAAGGAAAUUUGCUUGGAGAUACUGAGUGUCAGCAAGAACACAAAAGCAUUUCCAGGUACACAGAGCAGUCUUGUACAACCAGUGAACCACAGGAGCUGGCAGAUGCUGAAGAGGGACAUGAAGACCAAAAGUUACAGACAGAUGAACAGAAUGUCUCAAUAGAAAGAGACAAGGGUGUGGAUCAGAUAGCCACAACAGAGAACGAUCAUAACAAAUGUCAGCAACAAUUUAUAACAGGAAAAGAUGAACAAGGAUCUCAAGACCAUGAAGAAAUCAUACAUGUUGAGCACUAUGAAAGCGCCAAGCAGGAAACAAGUCCAGCAAAUCUUGUACAGGUCCUUGAUGAUCCUCUUCCUGAGACAGGAGAGUUAGACCAGGAGGCCAGUAGUGUCAUUCCACAAGAAGAAGGUCAGAAUAUGGGAGAGCAGGAAAUCAGGGAGUUCAAAGAGGGUACAUCUAAGAGAAACAAGGAGGAUGCAAAGAAUGGCUCCAAAAAGGAAAGCAAGAAAGGAAAGGGGAAGACUAAAGAGGACUGCAAAAUGUCUUAAUACUGUCCCAAAAGAUGUUAUCAUAAAAGUAAAUAAUGAAGUCUCAAAAAGCCUAACUAAAACCCACUUCAAUGAGAAUUUGUUUGAAAAGCUUCUAAUCCUGAAUAAUUUCAUGAAUGCAGGAAAAUCAAGUCAUACAGUGUGUAUUAUAUUUACUUAAAUCUAGACCAAAAUUAUCUUUAAGAAUGAAACUCUAUCUUUGCACAUUGCACUGAAUUGUACUUAGACAGACAGCUCAUUUAAGCAUUGAAAUGUUUUGCUGUGUGAGAUGGAUGUAGGUUCCAAUAGCAGGAUUGUGUGAGAUGUAGACAUUUCUAAAAAUGUCAAAACACAUUGCAGAUUUGUUUAAUGACAUUUGGAGCUCAAUGAAAUUCAUGGCUUAUUUAUUUUCUAAUUAUUAUUACUGUGGUAGUUUACAUGCUGUUUACAUACUGUAAAGAUUGUGCAGCAUUUUACUACCUUUUUGCACAUGAUGAUAAAAAUAAUUAAAAUAUUUUUUUUGUGUGUGUAAUUGCCAUCAGGGACUUUUGGCUUGUCACAUUAUACUGAUUUGCAUGUGCCAUAUUAAAAUAUCAGGUUCCUUAUUAAAUGUUUUACAGCUGUUUAACAUUCCAUUGACUUUCACCUUCACACAUUCUGUAUGUCAAAAGCCCUGGGAGAUUGUAUUGUCAUGAUGGAAGACCUUUAAAAUAAAGCAUCAGUAAUUUAAACUAG